GCACGUGCUAAACGACUCGUCAGUGCAGCGGCGGUCGUAGGACGCCGCGGAAGAGGCCGGCGACCAAAGCGGCGUGAUCGCGGCAUGCAGAGCGUUCACCAGAUCAUCACCAACGCGCUGAAGAAACUGACGUAUGCAAAGUAUAUUACUGAAAAGGUCGAGAUCAUGGCGGCUACUCAAAAGGGAGUCGCUCAAUUCGAACUUCUGCUGGGAAAGGAGCACUGUGACCUGCACGGCACCCUGCACAACGGCACGACAAUCGCUCUCGUGGACCUGUACACGUGGGCGACGGCUUGCACGUUGUACGAUGAAAGGACGCCUUUCACGAGCCUGAACAUCAAGGCCAGGUUUCUGGCCCCAGCGAUGUUGGGAAACAUCAUCGUAAUGAACUCUCGAGUGGCCCAGCCCGGUGGAAGGAUUGCUUUCGCAGAAAUGGACAUUCUCGACAAGACCACGAAGCGGAUCCUUAUCCAAGGAACUCACACUUUCUUAAACCUUUCCAGAUGAACUCGCCGAACUUUUCGACGUAAUGUUCAAUGAACGCACAAGUUAAAACUGCAAUAAAUAAAUAUUUGUUCCAAAAUUUGA